UAGUUUAGUAGUGCGUUAGCGAAGAAAUUAUAUCAAAGUGGACUGUGUUCAUCUCAAUGAAGUGUGCUGACCAAAGUGGACAUCAUUGGCUAUUAUAUAGAGUUGUGAUAUUAGUGGAUAUUGCUGACAGUUGCGGAAAGUCAAUUGCUAUCAAUUGACAGUUUGAAAACCUGAGCUCUGGUUUGACAUUUAGAGUCAGAACUUAUCUCUGUGGUAAUUCUGAAAGCAGUGAAGAAUAUCGGUAUUUGUAGCUCUGGAUUAAUAUCUAGAGGUAGUGCUGCCCUCCACUAUAGUUUUGAAUGCAGUGGAUAAUAUUCUUUUUACUACAAGGCGUGGAAUUUUGUAAGGAAGUGUUUAGUCAAUAACAUCGAAUUCGUUGCUCAACUGGUAUUGAGUCCAAAAGGGUGAAAACCUUUUUAUUGAGUCCAAAAAGAUGAAAAGCAAAAUCGGUCUCGGCGACAUUUCAAAGCAGUGAAAAAUAUUGGCAUUUUAGGAGUUCUGACUUGACAUCUAGAAACGGUGCUGACCUCUGUGGUAGUCCUGAAAGCAGUAGAUAAUACAAAAAUUUGUGGCCAAUCUUGAUAUUUUGUGACAUUACCAAUAUAAGUGGACGGUCAUCCGAGCAGAGGACAUUACUUCACUGUCAUAGUGGGCAGACCUGACAACGUCUCUCAUUGUCCACUGAAAGCGUAGCUACUGCCUCAACCCCAAAUUAAGUGCAGGAUGUACCAGUUUCCUUCUACCGAUCCAACCGUGACCAUCGUGCUGCUGGUAAACCUUGCAACAAUUCUGACCGGUGCCACAGACCAGAAUUUUGAUGAAGCAUAUUACAAAUCUUUGGUUCCUGGUUAUUCCUAUGGUUAUCUUCAGACAUCUCAAACAGACAAAUUCUAUCCAAGCCGAAGUCAACUGGAAUGUGCCAUCAUCGCUCUAAACAGCCAAUCGGAAUUCUUUUCUUACAAUAAAGUCAGCCAAGUUUGUAAGAAUUACUCACCGAAAAAUAUAAUGACAGUCAUUAACAUGCUGGACAGCAAUGAGAUUUCCUACUACAAAAGUAGUGAAUGGAUAAAAGCCUAUGCCCUAUCAAUGGGAGCAAAUUCGUUAAUCUACAAUUCCAUACUCAAUAUAGGAAGUCCUUCAACUUGGAAUGUGGACAAAUGCAAUGGCGACUAUUGUCCAAAUUUCUUCCGACACCCAAUACUCGAUAUCUGGAACAAACUUCCAAUUGAUCAGGUGAAACUUGUGUUAUACAAAAACCAAACAGCUGUUGUAACAAUGGUUUUUAAUGGACGAAAUACAACCCUUGAAAACUGGUUCUCUGAUAAAAAUCUGGAAAGUUCUCCAUGGGACGAUCUCGCAACAAGCAGCAAAAAUAGUUUCUCAAUGGUUGGCGUUGUAAGCGUCCGCCGAUUUUAUGUGUCAGCUUUUCACAAAGGAUGUCCCGGUGAUACCGGCUGGUUGUGUAUUAAUGAAAAAUUCCUUGCAUGUGCUUGGGAAAGGUCAAGCUAUUUCCCUUCAAUCUUAUACUCUAAUACAAAGUCGAAAACCAUAUGGCGUAACGGAUAUGGAACAGCUGAUUCCAUGGCCAUAUUCAUUCGAAUGAAACCGAACUAAUCAGUCGCAGGAUAUCCACACCAGCUGCUAUUCCGAGUGUUAAUUGUUGUUGUUAUUAUUGUUAUCGGCCAAUACCAAGUCGACCGCCACCAAUGCUCACAAUUCAACUGAUCAAUACCCCCACCUCCUCGCCACAAUAAACCUUCGAUCCAACAUUGACUGACUUCGGGAUUCUCGUCUGCUUGAUAUGAUGAUGUUCUGUGUAUAUCUUCUCUUUUUUAAUUUUCGAGUAAAUUCUGACCGUUCACCGAUUUCGUAGCAAGGUUGUGAAGGAAAACAUCUUGUUUUAACCAUCGCUCUUAAAAUCUUAAGAAUGUCUUGCAAAUUUUUAUACCCCCAGAUAUCGCGAUCAUUUGUAGCAUAUAGAUUAAGGAUUUGGAUUCUCUCCCCAAGGUUUCAAGUUCAACGUUACUUUGCUCCAGACAAGUUGGUAUUUAUUCUGUUGCUUCAAUAAUAAUGGAUAUGAAGCUGAAAGUGUAUCAUGGGUACUACAUUUGCCAACCCCUUAUCAAUGGUUCAUAGAUGUCUUCUUUUUCUUGUAAUUUUCGAACCACAUUCUUGUCCAGAGGGCAGCUGAUUUCCAAAGUAUAACGAUAUGUGGUUGGUUGUAUUUUAACUUGGUAGCUAUUUCAAAUUUCAAGUCGCACCAGUACUCUUUUGACCCAUCGGUCUUAAUAUGAUCAACUUCGUUUGUAGCUAUUCUCCUUUUUAUCCUGUUCUAGACUCUUCUGGCCACCUUAUCAUGUUUCAUGGGAAGAUAAUAUUUGAAAGACAGUCUCUCACAGUUGACAACAACGUGGUUGAUGUCUUCAAUCUUGGACUUGCACAGCUGAUAUUUGUUGUGUCAACGCUUUCUGCCUUUUAUGUCCUAGAUACUGGGAGGGAUCUCUUCGUACAUAUGCACGUACAGGACCGGAUUUAAACCAUGGGAGGUCCGGGGCACUUCAGGUUCGGUGGGCCCCUUAUACACAAGAAUUAAAAUCUUAGAAAAUAAUUACCAAAUUUAAAUCUCAAACCCCAUUUAUUUCAUGUAAUUGAAUUUGAUGAGUUAGUAGAGAAAGUUUAAAUAAAUGACUAAAAUGUUGCUUUAUAGAUACACUUAAAAAUUCAAAUUUCGUUUUUCACGCAUCCACUUGCGGUGUUUGGCUUUUCUUUCAUUACGAAAAGUACAAUGAAGGAAGGAAGAGUGUGGUAAGUUUUUUUUUUCUUUUAGUGUGAGUUACAAAUGUAGAAUAAGAUAAAAUGACAGAAAAUUACGAUUAAGGAAAAAAAAAAUCAUUUUGUGAUUGUUGCUGUUCCAAAGGCAUGA